AUGGCUGCAAGUUCCCUCUACGUGUCCUUUCCCAGCUUCAAACUAAAGUUUAUGUUGAUUUUGAUUACAUGUCUUGUUGGGAUAAGCUCUGCUCAGUUAUCCAAGAACUUCUAUCAUAGAACAUGUCCAAGAGCCCUUCCCACCAUUAAGAAAGCAGUGGAGGAUGCCGUGCGCCAAGAGCGUCGCAUGGGUGCAUCCUUGCUUCGACUCCAUUUCCAUGAUUGCUUUGUUCAAGGAUGUGAUGCAUCAGUAUUGUUAGACGACACGGCAAAUUUCACAGGGGAGAAGAAUUCUUUUCCCAACGCUAACUCCCUUAGGGGAUUUGACCUGAUAGACAACAUAAAAUCUCAAUUGGAAAGCUCUUGCCCUGGUGUUGUCUCUUGUGCUGACAUCGUAGCUGUUGCUGCCAGAGAUUCUGUUGCUGCUCUUGGUGGACCAAGAUGGGAAGUAGCAUUAGGCAGAAGAGAUUCAACAACAGCAAGUUUAGAAGAAUCUAAUUCAGACUUACCUGCUCCCUUUUUGGAUCUCAGUGGCCUCAUCACUGCUUUCGCCAAGAAAGAUUUCACAACCGAAGAAAUGGUUACUUUAUCAGGGGCUCACACAAUAGGCCUAGUGAGGUGCAGUCUUUUCAGAGCUAGGAUUUAUAAUGAGACCAACAUAGAUCCCUCAUUUGCGACAGCAAUGCAAAAAGUUUGUCCCUUCGAAGGUGGUGAUAACAAUUUCUCUCCUUUCGAUUCAACCACUCCAUUCAUAUUUGACAAUGCUUACUACCAGAACUUGGUGAGGGAAAAGGGUCUUGUACACUCGGACCAACAACUCUUCGAGGAUGGGUCAGGGCCCACAGACUCUCAAGUAGUUGAGUAUAGCAAAGACAUGGGACGUUUCAGAAAAGACUUUGCAGAUGCAAUGGUAAAGAUGAGCAUGCUAAGCCCACUAACUGGCUCCGACGGUCAGAUCAGGCAAAACUGCAGGGUUGUCAAUUCUCCAACUGAGGAAAUAGACCAUAAGACCCACAAAUGA